UGGUGCAGCGUAGCCACUUGGCCUGCGUAGCAUCUUCGCUUUUGGGGUUAUAAUCCGCACGUACUCUCCGGAAGAAAUAUUUCUUUUCCUGAAAAUUUGCAUUCGCAGGACGUAACAAGAGCUUCGCGACUUUAUCGUUCGUUAACGCGCAACAAAUGUGAGCCGCGGUGUUGUGAGAAACUGCGGUGUACAUCGGGGAUCAAACAUGUGACCGUGUACGGUAACCGCUUCAUGGCUACGCCGUAGUUGUUAUCCGUCACGGGGAUGAAGGCGUCCGUAUUGCUGGCGACAAUGCUGUGCCGCGGGCAGGGAUCCACGUAGUGCCAAAGCACCUGACGAGAGGAAUCCGAUGGGAAUCCGGAUUGUUACAUUUUACAUCCUGAUUUGCACAUCCGACAAUUGAAACGAUGUCGAAUAUGCUGAUGCAGCAGUUUGUCCAGCGACUCAAGUCGAGAAAUGAGGAGGCGCGUAACAAGGCGGCGCGCGACCUGUGCCUGUACGUCAAGCGGGAGCUGCGGGAGGCGUCGCAGGAGGAGAUCACGGCAUUCAUGGACGAGUUCAAUCAUCACAUUUUCGAAAUGGUAUCCGCCUCCGACAUUAACGAGAAGAAGGGCGGUAUAUUGGCCAUAGUUUGCCUUAUAGGGGCGGAUGUAGGUAAUUUUAAUACGCGAACGGUACGUUUCGCCAACUACCUUAGGAAUCUGAUACCUUCCAACGACGUGGGCGUCAUGCAAUUAGCCGCGAAGACCGUCGGGAAGUUGGCGCUAGUCUCCGGCACUUAUACAGCCGAGUACGUCGAAUUCGAGGUGAAGCGUGCCUUCGAGUGGCUUGGCACGGACAGACACGAGGGCAGGAAGCACGCCGCCGUCCUCGUUCUGAGAGAGCUCGCUGUCUCCGUGCCAACGUACUUUUUCCAACAAGUUACGCCGUUUUUCGAGUUGAUAUUCAACGCUAUACACGAUCCCAAGCCCGCCGUACGGGAGGGCGCGGUGGAAGCCUUGAGGGCGGCCUUGGUGGUCACCGCUCAGAGGGAGACGGUGAAGCAGAUGCACAAGUCGCAAUGGUACAAGCAGUGCUACGACGAGGUAAUAGACGGAUUCGCGGAGGUUCACACGAAGGAGAAGGGCAUUAACAGGGACGACAGGAUACACGGCUCGCUGUUGGUGCUUAACGAGCUGCUGAGAUGCAGCAAUGUCCAGUGGGAAAGGAACUACGAGGCUCUAAUGGAAAGACUGAACGGCUCUACGCAGAAUGAGAACGACAUAAUCUGCCUGAUGCCGCGCUUGAAGACGACGAUAGGUUCAAAAUGGGCCGGUUCCACCCAGAACGCCACCGCGUCGCAGCACACGUUGUAUCCGGCGCACGAGUCGACCGUUUGCCGAUGCUUGAUGCAGGAGAGGCUGGACGAGAUUUACAAUGACGUUAUGAAUCAAAAGAUAUCGAGGAAUCCGCAUAUUCAGCACGCCCUCAUGAUGCUGCUGCCGAGGCUCGCCGCGUUCAACAAGGAGAAGUUCAUAAGGGAUCAUCUGAAGGAGUCCUUGGCGUAUCUGCUGCUGAUCCUGCGCAGCCGUGAGAAGGAUCGCUACGCCGCCUUCACGUCGAUCGGCUUCAUAGCCGUGGCGGUGGAAGACGCGAUAAAUCCGUAUCUGCCGAAAAUCAUGGAAAUGAUCAAGAGUCUGCUACCGUCUAAGGAGACCCCGAGCAAGAAGCGUACCUCCCUGGAGCCGGCGGUGUUCGUUUGCAUCACCUUGCUCAGUCACGCGGUGAAGCAGGUGAUAGCCUCCGACGUGAGGGACUUGUUGGAGCCCAUGUUCCAGACUGGAUUGAGCCCGAUCUUGACGACGGCGCUCAGAGAGCUGGCGCACAGCAUACCGUCUCUGCAGGUGGACAUAUCUCAGGGUCUCUUGCGCAUGCUGUCUCAAGUCUUGAUGCAGAAGCCCCUGAGACAUCCCGGUGCACCGUGGACCGCGACCAGCCCGAACUCCGCGGCGGAUGACGUCUCGUCGACGGUACUCGCACUGAAAACGCUCGGUACCUUUAAUUUCGACAAUAAUCCGCUGCUGCAGUUCGUCAAGAGAUGCGCGGACCACUUUUUGACGUCGGAACAGGCAGAGGUCCGACUGGAAGCUGUCAAGACGUGCUCCAGAUUACUGAGAUUAACGCUGAAUCAGUCUGGUCCCACGGUAACCACCACCGUCUCGACUGUUCUGGGUAAAUUACUGGUAGUGGGAAUAACCGACACUGAUCCCGACGUGCGUCUGUGGGUAUUGGCCUCGCUGGACGAUUCCUUCGACGUCCAGUUGGCGCAGGCGGAGAAUCUGUCCGCGCUGUUUAUCGCCAUGAACGACGAGAUGUUCGAGAUAAGGGAACUGGCGGUCCGUACCGUCGGACGACUCAGCACGCUGAAUCCCGCUUACGUUAUGCCGUCGUUGCGGAAGACUCUGGUGCAAUUUCUGACGGAGCUGGAGCACUCGGGGAUGGGUCGUAACAAGGAGCAGGCCGCUCGAAUGUUGGACCAUUUGGUCGUGACUGCGCCGAGGCUCGUCCGGCCGUACAUGGAGCCGAUCCUGAAGGUUCUCGUCCCGAAGCUGAAGGAAUCCGAUCCGAAUCCUGGCGUGGUGCUGGCCGUUCUGCGCGCGAUCGGCGAUCUGGCGGAGGUCAACGGCGCCGAGAUGCAGCAGUGGAUGUCCGAGCUCUCGUCGAUACUAUUGGAAAUGCUGGUAGACGCAAGCUCGCCCGAGAAAAGGGGGGUGGCGUUGUGGGUGUUCGGCCAGUUGGUCGGCAGCACGGGACACGUGGUGAAGCCGUACAUACAGUAUCCGUCCCUGCUGGACAUCCUCAUCAAUUUCCUCAAGACCGAGCAGCAGCCGAUCAUCAGGAGAGAGGCGAUCAGAGUGCUCGGGCAGUUGGGUGCGUUGGACCCCUAUAAGCACAAGAUGAAUCUCGGGCAGAUCGACUGCCAGUUGGACACGCUUAGCUCGAUGGCGGACGCCAAGUGCGACGUGGAGAACACCCAGGACUUAACGACCAGCGAGAUGCUGGUGAACAUGUCGCCGUCCACCCUGGAGGAAUUUUAUCCAGCGAUCGCCAUUACGACGCUCAUGCGUAUUAUUCGCGAGCCGACCUUGUCCCAGCAUCACACCAUGGUGGUGCAAGCGGUGACCUUCAUAUUCAAGAGCCUCGGGAUAAAAUGCGUGCCGUACAUCUCGCAGGUGAUGCCGAGCUUCCUAAACGUCGUGCACAUGGCGGACAUAAACUUCCGGGAGUUUCUCUUCCAGCAGCUCGCCGUUCUCAUCGCCAUCGUGAAGCAACACAUACGCAACUAUCUGGAUGACAUAUUUACGCUGAUCAAAGAAUUCUGGAUCGUGAACAGCCCGUUGCAGAGCACGCUCAUACUUUUGGUCGAGCAGAUCGCGAUGGCCCUGGGCGCGGAGUUCAAGAUCUAUCUGCCGCAGCUGAUGCCGCCGAUACUGAGAGUGCUGACCCACGACAGCAGCAAGGACCGCGCGGUGACGGUGAAGCUGCUUCUGGCUCUGCAAACAUUCGGGAACAAUCUGGACAAUUACCUGCAUCUCGUACUCCCGCCGAUCGUGAAACUGUUCUACGCGAAUGAUUGCCCGAUAGCCGUGAACAAGGUCGCCCUCGAGACGGUCGAUCUCCUCGCGGACACGCUGGAUUUUACGGAUUUCGCGUCGCGAAUCGUGCACACCUUGGUACGUACGUUGGACCAAUGCCCGGAAUUACGGGGCACGGCCAUGGACACACUCUGCGCCGUUGUGAUGCAGCUGGGCAAGAAGUAUCAGAUAUUCAUCGUGUUAGUCCAGAAAGUUAUGACGAAGCACAAGAUAGUCAAUUCGCGGUACGACGUUCUGGUGGACAAGAUACUCACGGACUCGACCGCGGCGGACGGCGAGGAUUUCCUGCUUAUGAGGAUGCGACACUCGCGCAACAAGAACCGCGAGCUCUCCUUAACGCCCUCGGAAACGACCACGAUCAAGAAACUGAACGUGUCGGCCUCGAACCUGCAGAAGGCGUGGACGGCGACGCGACGAGUGUCCAAGGACGAUUGGCUCGAGUGGCUGCGGUGCUUCUCGAUCGGUCUGCUCAAGGAAUCCCCGUCUCCGGCUCUGAGAUCCUGCUGGGCGCUGGCGCAAACCUACGCCGUGUUACCGCGCGACCUGUUCAACGCGGCUUUCGUUUCGUGCUGGACCGAACUCGGCGAGAAUCACCGGAUGGAACUGAUACAGACUCUGCAUCAGGCGUUGAUGGUACCCGACCUGCCUACCGAAGUGACGCAGACCAUUUUGAAUCUGGCCGAGUUCAUGGAGCAUUGCGACAAGGGCCCCCUGCCGUUGGACAAUAAGAUUCUCGGUGACACGGCGAUGCACUGUCGUGCCUACGCCAAGGCGUUGCACUACAAGGAGGACGAGUUUCAUAAGAGCAGAAACAGCAGCGUGUUCGAGUCCCUGAUUUCAAUUAAUAACAAGCUUCAGCAGAAAGAGGCGGCCGAGGGCCUGCUGGAGUACGUGAUGAAUCACAACCAGCAAGAUCUCAAGGUCCAAAUACGUUGGUACGAGAAGCUUCACAACUGGGACAAGGCGUUGCAGCUGUACCAGGAACGUCUGGAGAGCGAUUGCGCGGACGUGGAGUCGACCUUAGGGCAGAUGCGCUGCCUGGAGGCUCUCGGAGAGUGGGGCCAAUUGCACGACGUCGCUACGAAGCAAUGGACGAAUCAGAGCGACGACAACAAGCAAAGAAUGUCGAGGAUGGCGGCGGCUGCGGCGUGGGGUUUGAGUCAAUGGGAAAGUAUGCAGAAGUACGUUUCGCUGAUACCGAAGGACACUCAAGACGGAGCGUUUUACAGAGCUGUAUUGGCGAUCCACGACGAACAGUAUAACAUCGCGCAUCAGUUUAUCGACAGCGCCAGGGAUCUGUUGGACACCGAACUGACCGCCAUGGCUGGCGAAAGCUACCAGCGAGCAUACAACGCCAUGGUGGAGGUGCAGAAGUUGGCGGAGUUGGAGGAGGUGAUUCAGUUUAAACUGGUACCUGAACGCAGAGCGGCCAUCAAGGCCAUGUGGUGGGAGAGGCUUCAGGGUGGACAGAAGAUCGUAGAGGACUGGCAGAAGAUCAUACAGGUGCAUACGUUGGUGGUCUCGCCGCACGACGACAUGUACACGUGGCUUAAAUAUGCCAGUCUCUGCCGGAAGAGCGGUAGUCUGAUGCUCUGUCACAAGACUCUGGUGAUGCUGAUGGGCACUGACCCAUCCUUGAUUCCGGACCAGCCGCUGCCGACCACUCACCCCCAGGUGACCUUCGCCUAUUGCAAGCACUUGUGGGUCGCGAACAAACGCGAGGAAGCUUACGGUCAGCUGCAGCGAUUCGUACAGACGUACUUGCAGCCGACGACGGCGGCAAUAAUGAAUCAGGAAGACGAGAAGCAGCACGAGAGCAAAAAGCGACUGCUCGCCAGAUGCUACCUCAAGCUCGGCGAGUGGCUCGAGUCCCUGCAAGGUAUAAACGAGCACUCUAUACCUGCGGUGCUGUCUUACUACGCCGCAGCGACGGAGCACGAUCCCAUGUGGUACAAAGCCUGGCAUGCCUUCGCCUACACCAAUUACGAGACCGUUUUGUUUUACAAGCAUCAGCAAGGGAGCGAGACUGCGCCCGUGGAGGGCGCUACACCGGGCAACGGAGCGCGCAAUAAUCUAUCCAGCUCGCAAUACAUAUCUCAGUUCACUGUCCCAGCUGUGGAGGGAUUUUUCAAAUCCAUCAACUUGUCGCAUGGCAACUCUCUUCAGGACACCCUCCGCUUGCUCACGCUCUGGUUCGAUUAUGGCCAGUGGCCGGAGGUGUAUGACGCUGUUGUCGAAGGCAUAAGAUUAAUAGAGAUAAAUACUUGGCUGCAAGUGAUUCCACAACUCAUUGCCAGAAUCGACACUCCUCGGGCACUGGUCGGCCGAUGCAUACAUCAUCUUCUCAUAGACAUAGGAAAGACGCAUCCUCAGGCUUUGGUUUAUCCAUUGACGGUGGCAUCAAAAAGUGCCAGUCAUGCGAGAAAGACCGCGGCUAACAAAAUCCUGAAGAGCAUGUGUGAGCACAGUCCGACGUUGGUCCAGCAGGCCAUAAUGGCGAGCGACGAGCUCAUCAGGGUCGCGAUUUUGUGGCACGAGCUGUGGCACGAGGGUCUCGAAGAGGCUAGCAGAUUGUACUUUGGAGAGAGGAACGUCAGAGGCAUGUUGGAAACGCUGGAACCCUUACACGCCAUGCUCGAAAGAGGGCCGCAAACUCUAAAGGAGACCUCCUUCAAUCAAGCUUAUGGAAGGGAUCUAAUGGAAGCACAGGAAUGGUGUCACAGAUACAAAGCAUCUCGGAACGUGAGAGACUUGAAUCAAGCUUGGGAUUUGUAUUAUCACGUGUUCCGUAGGAUAUCCCGACAAUUGCCGCAACUGACCAGUUUGGAAUUGCAAUAUGUUAGCCCGAAGCUGCUCAUCUGUAGAGAUUUGGAGUUGGCUGUGCCGGGAAGCUACAGCCCAGGCCAGCCAAUCGUGAGAAUAGCGAGUAUUCACAGCUCUAUGCAGGUGAUAACUAGUAAACAGCGACCAAGAAAGCUGUGUAUUAAAGGUAGCAACGGUAAGGAUUAUAUGUUCCUGCUGAAAGGUCACGAGGAUCUAAGGCAAGAUGAGAGGGUAAUGCAGCUAUUCGGUUUAGUUAACACUCUCCUGUUACAUGACCCGGACACCUUCCGAAGAAAUCUUACUAUUCAAAGAUACGCUGUGAUUCCAUUGUCCACAAACAGUGGUCUGAUCGGUUGGGUGCCACAUUGUGAUACGCUCCAUACGCUUAUUAGAGAUUACAGAGAAAAGAAGAAGAUAUUACUGAAUAUCGAACACAGGAUAAUGUUACGAAUGGCACCUGACUACGAUCAUCUCAUGCUCAUGCAAAAGGUUGAAGUGUUUGAGCACGCACUUGAGCAUACUCAUGGCGACGACCUGGCACGACUUUUGUGGCUGAAGUCGCCGUCGAGCGAAGUAUGGUUCGAUCGUAGGACGAACUAUACGCGCUCCCUGGCUGUGAUGUCCAUGGUGGGAUACAUUCUCGGUCUCGGUGAUCGUCAUCCAUCUAAUUUGAUGCUGGAUCGUCUCAGCGGUAAGAUAUUGCACAUCGACUUCGGAGAUUGCUUCGAGGUGGCGAUGACCCGCGAGAAAUUCCCGGAGAAGAUACCGUUCCGUCUGACGCGGAUGUUGAUCAACGCAAUGGAGGUGACUGGAAUCGAAGGAACGUAUAGAAGGACCUGCGAAUCCGUGAUGUCUGUGUUGCAUAGAAACAAGGAUAGUCUAAUGGCAGUGUUAGAGGCGUUCGUUUAUGAUCCUCUCCUCAAUUGGAGAUUGAUGGACAAUGCGGUACCUAAAGGCAAACGGUCGGACGCUCAGGGCAUGAGCGCCAGCAGCAGUCAGGAACACGGCGACAUGCUCGAUUCUCUCACCGCCACGUUACCAAAGAAGGGUGUGCCGUGUAGCAUAGAAAAUGGAGGUAAAGCCGAUAAUAAUCAACCGGAAGCGCUGAACAAGAAAGCCUUGGCGAUUAUAACGAGGGUCAGAGAUAAGUUAACAGGGCGUGACUUCUCGCACGAGGAAACUCUCAGCGUCCGGCAACAAGUCGAUCUGUUGAUUCAGCAGGCUACAAAUAACGAAAACCUUUGCCAAUGUUAUAUCGGAUGGUGUCCGUUUUGGUAAACAAGAGAUCGAAUCUUCUUAUAAAGGAUGAAUCAAGGUCUCAUACGUGUGCAAUCGCUUUUGCAUUUAUCAUUUUAUCAAAUUAUGUUUACGAUUUUAAGGUAAUCUCAUAUAAUGUAUAUAUACGUGUGUGUAUAUAUACAUAUAUACAUAUAUAUUUAUACAUACACACAUAUAAUCUGUUAUUGUAUUAUUUGUAUGUAAUGAAGUAACAAGUUACAACAAACAAAAUGUAUGCUGGCGUAUCGCGUACAUUAAAAACGUUUCGUUAAUAUGAUAAACGAUAGUAUCUCGUGUAUAAAAAUCCAAAUUUUUUUUAAGAUAAAAGAUUGCAGUAAAAGAAUCCUUUCAGUGUAAUUGCGAUCACUUUGAACAAUAACUAAUCUAUACCCAUCUGUGUCACAUCAUUGUAAAUAAUACGUCGAUUUCAAUUUCGUAGAAAUAAAGACACGUUCUGAUAUGC